AUACACGUUUACCUUUGCCUAACAAGAACUGUAGUAAAGAGACCUAAUAAAUAUCUUCUUCUUCUAAUUCAUCAUUUUCAAUCUCUCUUCAAUGGAGUUUUACGAUCUCUCUUCAAUAGAGAAAAGUGGUAGUUCGAAAGCAACGGAUGAUGGUGGUUGUUCGAAAGCAACAGACAAGAAGUUGAUGAAGUAUUUGGUGAAAUACGUAAUAGGCAGCCUUUUGCCUUUAAGCAUACUGUUAUGGAGGAUGUGGAUGAAGUUUACGGAAUCAGAGUGUUCAGUCCAUUACAAAUUCUUGAAACUACUCAGGGGAUGACGAAGAACACACGAUGUAUAAUCACUUUUCAGAACAAGGAGAAAUGCAAAAUGCUUAUUAGUAAAGAUACUCCGGGGUUUUGGAAACCUAAUCCCAAAAUUAAGUCUAUUUUUGAUUCCAACAAUAAACACAUUGGCAACAUCAAAAUUUCUUGGUACUACUACUAUGACACCAACAACAGUAGACGCAAGCCAUCAAAGAGAUUGAGAAAGAGUGAGUGGCAUAUCAGAGAAUAUUAUCUCUCAUCAAAAUAUUUGCCCCCAAACAAAGUUGAGAGAAAACAUGUGAUAUUAACCAUGAUGAUGAAGACGAAGGAACAAGAAUGGGGUAAUAGUAAUAAUAACAAUCAAGGGAAAUCCGAUAAGGCAAUGCAGAUUAUUCAAUCUCCACAAGGCGGACACGUUCAACUUGAUCAUAAGAAUGACGACGCUGUGGGGAUGUCUGUUGAGAACCAGAUAAUUAUGCAAUCUUUACAAAGCCUUCAACUUUCCGAUAAGGCGAUGCAGAUUAUUCAAUCUCCACAAGGUGGACGCGUUCAAGUUGAUCAUAAGAAUGGCGAUGCUGUGGGGAUGUCUGUUGAGAACCAACUAAUCAUGCAAUCUUUACAAAGCCUUCAACUUUAGUGAUAAGAAUAGAAAGAUUAGUUUUUUUUUUUUUUCCUUAAAAACUAGUGCUCAGCCCUAACUGCUCUUUUGUUUUAACAACUGCUUAAUCUAUAGUUAAGUUUUCUGCCAAUUGAUUACAUUGAUUGUUGGGAUUCCUGUCUAGCUUUUUGCUUAAAGUAUAUAUGUGUGAUAGUGAACUAUUGAUUCA